AUGUCUUCUUUCUCAUAUGGAGUAAAUUUGUCUAUAAAUAAGUUUGGGUUGCAGUUUGAUUUGGAUGUUGUUAAUGGGUUGAUUGAAGUGUAUUGUAAAUGCGGGUAUUUAUGUUAUGCCCGCAAACUGUUCGAUAAAAUGUCUAAACCAGACGUUGUUUCUUGGACGAACAUGAUUGCUGCGUAUUCUAAUGUUGGGUGGGUUAUGGAAUCACGAGUGUUGUUUGGUAGGAAGAAGUUGGCUGCUGUGGAACCUAAUGAGUUCACUUGGAAUGCUUUGAUUACCGGGUAUGGUAAAGCCGGAGAUUGGGUUGGGGCGUUUAGUUCGUUUUCUAAAAUGAGUAAAACUGGUUUGGUUCCUGAUGCGGUUACUUGGAAUGCUAUGAUUUCUGGCUUUGUACAAAGCCGAUAG